GCCCAAAUAAUUUCAAUAUAUAUAUAUAUAUAUUAUUAUAUUAUUAUAUAUAUAUAUAUAUAUAAUAAUGGCUGAUAAGAACUCGAAGCGUCAGCCGCGUUGGUGGUCGGGCGGUGUUUGCUCCGCGAUUGCGGUGACAACAACGCAUCCACUCGAUUUAGUGAAAGUCCAACUGCAAACGCAGACAACAAAGGUGCCUGUCUCACAGCUGAUUGGCAAUAUAUACAAAAAUUCAGGUAUUGUGGGAUUUUACAGUGGCAUCUCGGCCGCCUGGUUUCGGCAGCUCACCUACACAACAGCACGCUUUGCUCUCUACGAAUAUGGCAAGCAAUUCGUGGAUGCUAACAAUAUGAGCGCCAAGGUCCAGCUGGCCACAUUUGCGGGCCUCUUUGGUGGCAUUGUGGGUGUGCCCGGUGAUGUGGUCACAGUGCGAUUGCAGAACGAUAGCAAGUUGCCGGCAGAAAAGCGACGCAACUACAAGCACAUUUUCGAUGGUCUCUAUCGCAUCUCUAAGGAGGAGGGUAUUCACAGUCUAUUCCGUGGCACGGUGCCAGCUUUAAGCCGAGCCGUGCUGCUGACAAUUGGUACAAACGCGGCCUACGACCAGGUCAAGCAGGUGCUGCAGGGAAACUUUCAGCUGAAGGAGGGACUGCCGCUGCAUUUGGUAACCUCAACCGUAGCCGGCAUCAUAGGCACGGUCAUGACGCAGCCGAUCGAUGUGAUGAAGACAACCUACAUGAACGCCCCACCCGGCGAAUAUAGUGGCCUGACAGCGGUUGCCAUUGCCACAGCGAAACAGGGUCCAUUCGCGUUCUACAAGGGUUUUGUGCCGGCGCUGAUGCGCAUCAGUCCCAAUACGAUUAUCACCUUUAUGCUGUACGAGCAGGCUCGCUUGCGUUUCGGUUACCUGCCGCCGGAUGGCAAAUAGCCAGCCGUAUCUGCGGCUUGAGGUGCCAUUCUUCUGGAACAAAGGGGCAGCAUUAGCUGAAGCUAAACGCAGAAGCUGCACACAAAACAAGAGAGAGGUUUCGUGCUCCUCGAAUGUUCCUGACGCGAAACCGAGCGUUGCAUCCGCUCAACAUUCCCGGCCCUACCCCAAAGGGCUGGCGUAUUGCAUUUGAUUUGUAACUAUUUUGAAAUUGAAAUGCUCCUCAAAGGUUUCUGCCUUCAUUUUUUAGGCUGUCUAUCAAAUUGAUUGGGACACUAAACGGCAGGACUCAAACGCCGACUCGCCUUAAGUCAAGGCUUUAUUUGUGUUGUGAUUGUAUCAAAAUAUGUGUAGCACAACAUGUGGCAUAUAUAUUUCUAUAUAUAUAUAUAUAUGUACAUUACAGGUGCCAUAAAAAUUUUACCGUGUCUGGCCUUACCAAUGAAUA